AUGUCAUCCGCCGCACUCCGUACAUCCAUGAGAAUGGCCUCGAGGCCGCAACAACGCCUGGCUAGCAUCCAGAGGCAGUUCAGCAGCUCAGCGCCACAAAAGAAGGAGAUCAGAGACGCAUACAUUAUAAGCGCAAGUCGGACGCCGACUGCAGUCUUCAAUGGCAACUUCACAACCGUCUCCGCAACCCAACUUGGCGCAACAGCCAUCAAGUCCGCACUCGAAAAGUCAAAAGUUCCCGUCUCCUCGAUCGACGCCGUAUACAUGGGCAACGUGCUCUCUGGUGGUGUCGGGCAAGCACCCGCACGACAAGCAGCCAUCUUCGCCGGCCUACCCACCAACAUCGAGGCCACUACUAUCAACAAAGUAUGCGCAUCUGGUCUGAAGGCCGUAAACAUUGCCGCCUCGACCAUCGAGCUUGGACAGGCGGAGGCGCAGAUUGCAGGAGGCAUGGAGAACAUGACACGGGUGCCGUAUUAUCUCAACAGGGCAAGUCAACAACCAGGAUUUGGACAUCAGAAGCUACAGGAUGGAUUGAUCGCGGACGGACUGUGGGAUGUAUAUAACCAAAUUCACAUGGGCAAUUGCGCGGAAAACACAGCCAAGAAGUACCAAGUUUCGAGAAAAGACCAGGACGACUAUGCCAUCGAAACGUACAAGCGUGCGCAGCAGGCAUACAAGGAGGGUCUCUUCAAAGACGAGAUUGUGCCGGUCACCGUCAAGUCGAAGAAGGGCGAUGUCAUCAUCUCCGAGGAUGAGCAGUAUAACAAACUCAAGCUCGAGAAGGUAUCCACGUUGAAACCUGCUUUCGACAAGGGUCCGGACGCAUCAGUCACUGCGGCGAACAGCUCACCUCUCAGCGACGGUGCAUCGGCGUUAGUGCUGGGAAGCAAGGAGAUCGCACAGCAGUACGGCAAGGACAGUCGUGUGCUGGCAAAGAUUAUCACGUAUGCUGAUGCUGCUGUUGAUCCGAUCGACUUCCCCAUCGCGCCAGCAUCAUGUGUUGAGAAGCUCCUCAAACAGUCCGGACUCUCCAAGGAAGACAUCUCCAUCUGGGAAUUCAACGAGGCCUUCGCCGCUGUUAUCAAGGCCAAUGGUAAAAUACUUGGUCUCGGGACCGACAACAUCAAUCCAAGAGGAGGUGCCAUUGCACUUGGACACGCUCUCGGAAGCUCUGGUAGCAGAAUCUUAGUCACACUGCUGCACCAGCUGGAGGUUGGCCAGUACGGUGCAGCCGCUAUCUGCAACGGUGGCGGUGCUGCAAGCGGCAUCAUUGUACAAAGAGUAAGCGCAGACCAACUAUAA